CUAUGAUUUGUUUAAAGGUCCCGGGCGGUACAAAAUGCUCGCCAUAGACUCAGACUGUCAGUCUCAUUAAAACUGUUCAUUUGUUCAGUCCUGUGGACCUAUCCAGCAUGUCAAACGCUGACAGAGUUGUGUUAGCUCUCGGUGGAGCAGGAACAGUGGGCUCUGGAAUAGUUAAAGCACUCCUUGACAAAGGUUUCAAGGUGGCGGUUAUCUCCAGAGACAACAGCAGGUUGGAUAAACUCAGGGGGUUUGUUUCUCCCUCCACCAAAGACCACCUCACCACUCUAGUGGGGAAUGUUGGUUCAGAGGAAGGGGCAGAGGUGGUCAAGCAGGCCCUUCUGAAGUCUGUUGGCAAGGUGACAGACAUUGUGUCAUCUCUGGGUUUCAGCUGGUGGCAGGGUGGACCUCCACAUAGCCAGACUCUGAAAGAACUACACUGGGUGAUUGAGACAUUGCUGUUCAGCACCUUUGUAUCAUGGAAGGUCUUCUUUCCACUGGUGAGAGAUGACCCCAACUGCACCUACACCUUUAUCACAGGUGGUGCUGGGGAGAAGCUGUUGAUGCCAGGUACAGGGUUCCUGACUGUUGGCGCUGCCAGCACCCUGGCAUUUUGUCAGGUAUUACGAGAGGAGUACCCAGAAGUACCCUGCAAACUCAACCAGGUAAAGAUCAACACAGGUGUGGCCCCUCCAGAGCGUGUGGCUCCUGGUUACCUGAACCACCUGGACCUUGGUGAGGCUGUGGCCACAUUGGUGGAGAGAAAGAACACCACCCACACCGUGUUCCCUGUCAACUGCCCGGCAGACUUAAAAACCGUCAUUCUAGAGGGUAACCUUCAACGCUGCCCCUCUCUGCCAUAAAUCCCUGCAGAUUAUCAAUACCAUAGUGCUCGAGUCAUUCCACAUCCAUUUUAUUCUAUAGUCAAUUCAUGUGGUUUUCUUUGCAUGUCAAAUUAUAUAUCUGUAAGGAAAAUGUCAAUCUUUAUGCGACUUCAUACCAGCUUCUGCACAGUCCUUCAUUGUUCCAGUGUUCAUACACUAAUAACAAGAACAUAAUGCUCCAAUGGAACUGUGCAAGUGCUUACAAGUGUAGAUUAUCUAGAUGCACUCUGUUGGGAAAGUGCAGAAUGACUCUAGGAUGUAAGCAUUUCACUGUUAGUCUACACCUGUUGUUUACGAAGCAUGUGACAAAUAAAAUGAGGCAGUAAAAGAUGGCGGUACAGGGUCUUGGAAUAUUUGUGUCCCGUAGCGUGACUCUCUGUCCUGUUCACAGACGCCCUCCCCUUUUAUCUGGGUCCAAUUAUCUGGGAUGGCACAUCCUUAAAUAAACAAUGAAGGAGGUGGGAGGUCCCCCAGAGGUAAAGAAAUAUCACAGAGUGCAUUGUUGUCUUUGUCUACUGUUUUGUUAAUGGCAUGCAUGUUUUAGCAACAAUAAUGUUUAUUUGUCAUGCUAAUAAAAAAAAAAACUGAA